AUGAAUGAAGUAGAACUAAUAGCUAGAAAUCUUCAAUCGGUACGUUUAAAUGUCUAUAAUAAAGAGGAUUUUUUAAAUCAUGGGAAACUAAAAUUCCACGAAGAUGAACUUGCCAAUAAUAACAAAAAUCUAAAUAUAUGGUUAGACUAUAUAAAACGAGUAAUUGAACUUCUUCGUCUCAUUAUGGAUAAUAACUCGGUGGAUGAGGAAUAUUUGAAUGAAAUAUCUAUUUAUAGUGGAGAUUUUACUGUACCAAUAAAAUAUAGUGUGUCAAAUACUACAAACGGAAUGUCAAAAUAUAAUAUUCAAUUAUGGUAUAGAUUUGAUGCUGUGAUAUUAAUUAUUAUGCGUGCUCUUAAUAUAUUCCCUUCAAUCCGAGAUAUUUGGAAUUAUUAUUUACCGUUAUUAGUAGAAUAUGAAGACUUUCUAAUGAAAAAUAAUAUUAAAGAGGAAGAAUUAAGUCUAGAUAUUCCAUUAGCAUACGAGACAUGUUUGAUAUAUAAUAGAAAAGAAGUGAAUAUAUGGCUAGAAUAUGCACAAUACUCAUUUUACAAGAGAAAUUGGAUAACUAAAACACGUCACAUAUUUGAUCGUAGCUUAUGCAAUGUAGAUAUUACAAGCCAUGAUAUUAUAUGGAAUAGUUAUUUAGAUUUUAUAACAGCUAUAAAUAUACCCAUAGUAUCUGUAAAUGUAUUAAAACGGCUUAUAAUGUUUGGAUACAAAAAUUCAAUUGGCCUAUAUAUUUCAGAAUUGUUAAAACUAGAAGAUUAUAAAGAAGCCAUGAAGCAAUUAUUAUUUAUAUUAUCAAUACACAAUUAUAUUAACAAUAACAAUAACCCUUUAAGAGGUGAUUAUUCUGAUUUAUUUAGAAUCGGUGUUCAUACAAGUUCAGAUUUAUUAUCUAUAUAUAAAUCAUUCCCAUCUGAAGGAGUCAUUUUAAAUUUAAAAACUAUUAAAAUUCGUGGAUUUGAAGACCUAUGUUUUUUAUUUACCCAAAUUAUAUUUAAAAUGUUAGAAAUAAAGCAAAUAAAUACUUAUUUUGCUAAAAUAACCAUCAAACAAAUUAUUGACAUAUUACAAAAUAAUACUGAAUAUGGAAGAUAUUUCAAAAUACUUGGAAAUAAUGAAAAAAGAGAAUUAAAUAAAAGGGAUGUGGAGUUUGAAAUCCUUGAUAAGUAUGAAUUAUGUGCUGGGGAUAUUUGGUAUUCUUUAUGUGAAUAUUACAUGAAACAGGGAGAUUGGUGUAGAGUUUAUGAUAUAUAUAUGGAAGGUAUUGAAAAUAUUUCUACAAUUUAUGACUUAUCUACACUUUAUGAUUCUAUGUUAAUGUUUUAUCAGUGUUAUAUAAAGACAUUGCUUGAUAGAUCUACUAUUACAUCUGAUAAUAUAUCUUUAAAUAUAGAGUAUAAUAUAUACAAAUUAGAAAGGUUAAUUGAACAGUAUCCAUUUACUUUACAAAGAGUUAAAUUAAAGAAUGAUAUUAACAAUGUAGCAAAAUGGAUUCAAUAUAUUGAUAUACAUAUAGAUCAUAUAAAAGAUAGACAACACCCAUCACUUCAAGUUAUAAUGUCAUUUGAAGAAGCUUUAUUAAAAAUAGAUCAUACAUCAGUAAAAAAUAGAAACAUGUGUAUAUUAUGGAUAUAUUAUGCAUUAUAUAUGGUAAGUUUAUAUGACAAUAUGAAUAAUUGGGUAGAAUUAACGAAAGAACAAGAUAAGGAGUAUGCUGAGGAUUUAUUAGAGUUGGCUACUGAAAUAUUCCAACGUGCAAUACAGGAUAACUAUAUUAAGGAUCAUACAAUGAUUUGGACAGAAUGGAUUGAAAUGGAACUAAGAUUUAGAAGAUUUGAUAAAGCUCUUGAAUUAUCAAGAAAAUGUUUAGAAAUUACUAGACAACAAAAAGAGAGUAAUACAAGCUCAAAUUUAAAAAUUUGGCAAUUAAAUUUUGAUUUAGAAUUAAAUUUUGGUACUCUUGAAACAGCAAAAAGUACUUUUGAGGAAAUAUUUAAAAAUGGAAUUUUAACAACAGGGAUUGUUAUGAGCUAUGCAAAGUACUUAUUUUCUAAUCAAUACUUUGAAGAGUCCUUUAGAAUAUAUGAAAGAGCUAUUGCUAUUAUACCUUGGCCAUAUAUAAAGCAUGUAUGGAUCGUAUACUUAAAUAAAUUUGUACAGCAUUAUACUAAUAAAAGAAUUGAUAGAACUAGGGAUAUAUUUGAAUCCUGUAUAAUAUCUCUUUUAGAAUGGAGAAAAAAUUCUAAAGAAAUGAAGAAACGUGAUGAAUAUCCAAAAUAUGAAACUGAUUUAAAUAACCCAAAAGUUACAUCUAAUAAAUCAGUUAAUGAUGAAAUAUUAACUGGAAAUGAAUGCGAUGAUACUACUUAUCUUAUAUUUAUUAUGUACACCCAAUUUGAAGAGGAGUAUGGUAGAAUCAAACGCAUGUUUGAUAUUUAUAAAAGAUCUUCUGAGGCUCUACAAUAUACAGAAAAGCUACAGAAAAUGAUCUUUUUAAAUUGGAUAUACAGAGCUUGCAAAUAUUUGGGUCCUUUCUAUGCAAGGACAAUUUUUGAACAAGCUAUUCAGGUGCUAGAUAAAUCUGAUGAGCUAUUAGAAAUAUGUCUAAAUUAUGCUAUAUUUGAAAUUAAAGCGGGAGAAAUCGAUCGUGGAAGGCAUCUAUUUAUUUAUGGUAGUGAUUUUGCAAUCAAUCAAGGAGAUAAAACAUCCCUAUACAACGACUUUUGGAGAGAAUGGAGUGAAUUUGAGCUUGAAUAUGGUAAUGAAGAUACCUACAAGGAGAUGAUUAGGAUAAAACGCAAUAUAUUUUUGAAAUAUUCACAGAAUAGCAUAUACUUUAGCUACUAUAAUACUGAUGAACCAACUAAAAGUGAUACUAUAUCAGAUAACAAUGCUGUAAUAGACCAGUUAAAUUCUGGUGAGACUUCUCAAGAUUUUAGUCAUAGUACUAGUGAUGAAAAUUCAUAUAGCAGUGACAAUGACUCAUUUUCUUCACAUUCGUCAAUUAAAAAAGUUUCAUCAAAUAAUUCUGGAGAUAAUUAUUCUUUAAAUGUAGAAAAUGAUAAUAUUAUAGAAUCUGAAAUAUCCAAAUCUCUCAAUACAUGA